UACAGUCAAUUCGGUGCGAUGCGGCGGUUGUACAUUGGUGGUCUGAGUCACUCGGUCACCCAAAAGGACCUGAAGGAUCGAUUUGGAAAGUUUGGAGAUGUGCAAGAUGUGGAGCUACGGACCAGGAGGGACGAGGAGGGUAUUCCUUACAAAACCUUUGGCUACAUUAACAUCGACAUUUCGGAAGCCGACCUGAAGAAAUGUUUGACGGUGCUGAACAAGUCUAAAUGGAAAGGAGGAACUCUGCAGAUUGAACCAGCCAAGGAGAGUUUCUUGCACAGGCUGGCUGAGGAGCAGCAGGCAGCAGCAGAGCAGUGCGUCCAGCAGCCAGCGACUGAGGACAAGAGACAGAAGAUGUUGGACUCCCUGAGCAGUGCCGGUGUGGACAACUUCACCAUGAAGGCAGCAGUGCCGGGGACUGAAGUACCAGGACACAAGGACUGGGUGGUCAGUAAAUUUGGAAGAGUCCUCCCCGUCCUACAACUCAGAUAUAAGAAAGGCAGCAGAGCUCGAACCAUGAAGUAUGACCCGUCCAAAUACAGCCACAACAUCCGCAGGCUGGACCAUACCGACAAAGAACAGCUCACACCUGUCACGCAGCUCACCUGGGAGGUACAGGGAGGGGAUGAUGACAUCAGCAAGAAGAGGCGGGGAGAGUUCCCUCCAUAUGAGCCAUCAAGACCCAAGAAGAGUCGCACAGACAUGGUCAGCUCCUGUAAUACCAUGUGGACAAGCAGGCAAGCCGUCAACCCUGUCAGUCACACUGAGGCUCAUCAGUUCACUAACGGAUGUGAACAGUCAACCAACCACACACUCGCUCAGAGGCGGAGGCCAGUAAUGCACAGUGAUGUCGAUUCAGAGGAGGAAAUCCAGCGAAUGGUGGCAGCGCAGAGCACCUCUCAUGCUGCACUGCGGCAGGAAAUGGACGAGGACAACCUGGAAGUGGUUGGACUUGACUAUAUGGUGAAGUCCCGGCAGCAGAAAGGCUGUCCGGGUGAUGAAGAACAGAAUGACUACGACUCAGCAGACACAGAUGAACUGUUCGCCGCCAGGAAACCUCCUGCACCACAGGAGGGACCUACCCUGCCCAGUGCAGGACACCUCUCAGGAAACAAUACAGACAGGAAGAGAAAGACAAGGAAAAAGAAUAAAUCUGUAGAGGAUGAGGACAGUUCAUCAGAUGAUGAAGAUCACUACACCUCCAGAAAAACCUGCUCCACACAGCAGAAAGGGAAUUCCAAUAAACAGGGUGCAAAGGUGGCAAACCUCCCUGUUGUAAAACCCCCUCUCUCAGAAUCAGAUAGUGAUGAUGAGUAUGAAGAUGAGGAGGAAUUAGAAUCAGAUGAUUACAGUUCAGAUUCCAAUUAUGAAUCCAUGUUUUCCAAUGUCACCCAUCUGGAGAUCUCCCUGGCUGAUCUGCAGAAGCUAGCUGAAGAAUCCCAGCAGACAUCCAAAACUACAACUCCCAGUGUCAUCAGUACCUCUUCUGAACGAGAAAGUAACCUGUCAUCCAGCUGCACUGAGCGGCAUGCUCCCAAGAAAGGCACCAUGCCGGAGGAGAUUCUUGCAUCCCUCUUGGAGGAGGACAGCAGUGAGGAUGAACAGAGGAAGAAGAAAAAGAAAAGGAAAAUUGUCAUGUCAACACCACUGCCAGCCUUCCAAGGGACAAGAGCACUGAAAGAGGGAUCAGAAACAGAGGAGUGUCAGAAGAGACAGAAAGAGGAGGAUGAAAAACAGAAGCUGGACAGCAAAAGCAGUAGGAAUCUGAUCAGGCAGAAACACGUAGAAACAGAGGAGAAGACUUCAGAGAGCAGUGAGGAAGAAGAAGAAGAAGAAGGAGAGGUGGGGGUAGAGGAAAGGGAAGAGAAGAAGAACAUGGCUGCUCCAAGAGUUUUAAAGGUGGCUCAGACUAAAGCUGUAGUAAACACUGAGAAAGCUGAGAGUGGUUCUACCUCCGGAAGUGAUGACGAUGAUGAGGAGGAGGAGGAGGAGGAGAGGAUGAAUGUCAAUAAGACUGUUCUUACAGCUAAACAUGCAGCAAUGGCUAUACUUUCACCCUCCAGCUCCUCCACUGAAGAAGUGAGUGACGAGCAAGAGCUCAUUUCUGCCAGAGAUGCCGUGAAAGCCUCACCUUCGCCUGCUCUUCACAGCAACUCGUCCUCUGGCGAGGAGGAGGAGGAGGAGGAAAAGAAGGCUCCUCCACAGGUGUCAUUAGGAGCUAAAGAAGAAGAGGAGCGACAGAAAAAGGCCAACAUGAGGAGACUGGCUGCUGUCCAACAGAGACAGAAAGAGGCUGAAGAACAGAAGAAGCUGAUCCAGGGAGCUCUCGCCAAGCUGGAUGCUCCGGCAGCAGGAGCAGGGAAACACAUCGUGUUCGGCUCUGACGAUGAUGAGGAUGAUGCUGACGAUGAAGAUAAGCAACAUGCAACCUCAAUAGUCACGACAUCAAAGAAGAUACUGUUCCCGGACAACCAGUCAGAGGAUGAGGACACAGGCAAUGAAGCAUCAGCCAAUGAGAACAACACAAGAAAAGAAAAGGUGCAUAUGAAGCCAUCAGUCCCUCAGUUGUUCAGCGGCAGUGACGAAGAGGAGGAUGGUGAUGAAGAGGAGGAUGGCAGAAGGUUUGACAUCAGGCCUCAGUUUGAAGGUCGAGCAGGACAGAAGCUGAUGGAGCUGCAGUCUCGCUUUGGGACGGACGAACGUUUCCGAAUGGACUCUCGGUUCUUGGAGAAAAACGAGGGCAAUGAGGAGGAGCCAGAGAAAAAGAGGAGCUUGACAGAAGAAGAUGAGGCUCUGGAGGACGAGAAGAAGAAGAACCUGUCUAUCCUCCACAGCGUCCUCGGCGGCAUCCAACAAACCUGCAGCAGCAAGACGGCCAGCAAGGCUAAGACCUUCAGAGACGUCUCAGCGCUGCAUUAUGACCCCAGCAGAGAGGAACACGCUGCGUUUGAGACCAAAACCAGUGAAACCAAGGAAAGCAAGUCGGUCAGGAGGAAGAAGAGAGAAGAGGCUCAGAAGCUUCCCGAAGUAUCUAAGGACAUUUACUAUGAUGUGUCUGGUGACCUGAAGGCCGUGUUUGGACAGACGAAAGAUGAGAACGCUGAGGGAGAAGAGAAGAUGAACUGGGACCAGGAGGAGGAAGAGGAGGGAGGAGAGAAGGAAGACCAGCCAGUCCCACUGUCAUCUCUCCUCUCAUCUGAUCCCAGCACGGAGAAAGAGACAUCGUCUGGGUUUAAGUUCUCCUUCUUUGGAGACGACGCAGAAACAGGAAGUACAGAGACAGAGUACAAAGCAGAGAGCAUCCAGGCAUCCAAGGUGUCAUGGCAACAAGACCCACGUUUCCAUGACAGCAGCACAGAUGACGAUGAGGAAGAGCGGGAGGAAGAUGUGGAGCAAAGCAGUGCUGCAGCUCAAACCACAGAAGAGGCCACGCCUUCAAAGACGGAUCUGUUCUUCUUCUUCUACCCUGGUGACAGCAGACUGACAGAUGGUCCCAGGUUGUUCUGUCGGUCUUCUCACCUGGAGGAGCAGAGGGAACAGUGGGAGGAGAGGAGGAACGUACUCAGACAGGAGUACCGCAAGAAACACAAGGAUGCCAGGAGGAAGCUGAAGUCCUCUCAGAAGAGCUGAGGAUUUUGGGACAUGAACUCAUGAAGUUUGCAUUCACUUGUCUGGAUUUGAGAAUCAGAGUAUUGUAUUUAUUUUUUAUUUUGAGAACGAUUGACAGAUUUUUUUUUUUUUUGUUAGUCAGGGCUUCCUGUUGAAACAGCACCUGGUUUGGUUUUCCUGUUAGUUUCCUUGGAAACUAACUAUGUGCUGCAAAUGAACUUCCGGACAAGCAGUAACAGGCAGUCAUGGCUUCAGGGAAUCAAAUCAGUUCUUAGAAAAAUCAAUAAAUAAACAGACUUGAACAGCCUA